AUGGCAGAGCCAGUCGCUCCAGAAACUCACAAGGAGGACUACCAGCGUGCUCUGAGGCGGAAGCUGGAGGGACACCUAGCGCAUCAUGCGCACAAAGCACCCCCGCUUACCAAGAAGGAAGUGCUCGAUCUGGGCCAGCUGCAGCACGAGGUUCAUGUAGAGGACGAGUGUCGUGCUCAAGGACUGACAACUGAACAGAUAUUCUACAACGCUGCUGUCCCGCUACUCUACGAACAAGCCCUUCAGCAUGAAUCGAGCACGCUGAUAUCGAACACCGGUGUCCUCUGUUGCUCCUCAGGACUCAAAACAAGGCGCUCUCCAGAGGACAAGCGAAUUGUGCGCGAGGGCGAAUCACAGGAUAGGGUCUGGUGGGGGAAAGUCAACAUUCCAUUCGAGGAACAGUCGUAUUUGUUUAACAGAGAGAGGGCAAUUGAUUUCCUCAACACACAGAAAAGACUGUUUGUCGUGGAUGGCUUUGCGGGCGCGGAUCCGGAGUACUGCAUCAAAGUCCGUUUGAUCGCGACUCGAGCAUACCACGCGCUCUUCAUGCGAAACAUUCUACUGCGUCCGACUCUAACAGAGCUUCAAGCGUUUGAGCCAGAUUUCACGAUUUAUAACGCCGGCCUUUUCCCAGCAAACCGUUUCGCUGAAGGCGUUAGCAGCCAGACAUCGGUUGCCCUUCAUUUAGGCAGGGGCGAGAUGGUCAUUCUCGGUACCCAGUACGCUGGCGAACUCCACAAAGGCAUUUUCACCUAUGUGAAUUACGUGAUGCCACCGAAAAAUGUGCUUCCCCUGCAUGCGUCUUGUAUAGUCGGGAGCGCAAGAAGCAACAGUGACGUCACCAUGCUUUUGGGCCUCACAGCCACCGGCAAGACAGCUUUGGUGGCGACCGCAGAAGGGGAAAUUCUAGCAGAUGACGAAGUGAUGUGGACGCCUAAAGGCGUUGCAGGCGUCCUUGGAGGUUGUUACGUCCGCUGUAAGGACAUACAGAAGGACCCGUGUCAGGCGUUCACGAAGGCGAUGACCUACGGCAGUGUGAUGGAAAACGUGGUGUUGGAUGAGGAAACCCGGCAAGUGUACUUCUACGACACGAGUAUCACAGACAACACACGGUGCACGUACCCUCUCACGUACUUGGAGCACGGAUCGAAAGGCAGGCCCGCGGUCCCUAUGCAUCCCAAGCACUUUGUCAUGCUUCUCGUCGAUCUGUUCGCUCUCAGAAGUGUCCUUUCGAUACAACUUUGGGGCGUCGCUGGCAUGCCUUUGCGCAAGCAGUACGGUUCUCAUGGAACGAUCGACUUCCGUCGUGAUGAGAUGCGUUGUUUUUUACAACAUUCCAGUCGGGGUGUUCUUGUGCUGUGCUACGCGGGGGGAAAGGAAACUCAAAGAGCAUGGUACAACGGUCUGGUUGAUGAACACUGGCUGGGUGGGGGCCCGGCGUACGGCGUCGCUCCACGCUCGACGGGAAGCAAAGUCCCGCUAGACGUCUCGCGCCGCAUUCUCAAAGCCGUCCACGACGGCACGAUGAACCAGUGCUCGUUCCAGGAACUUCCUGUGCUCAAUCUUGAGAUCCCCGUCACUUUGGAUGGCGUCCCCGAGGACCUUCUCUCUCCUCUGCGCGCGUGGGUAAAGAGGACGGGAGACCCGUCCAAGUUCAUGGAGCAGGCUCAGUGCGUCGCCAGUUUGUUUGCUGAAAACUUCAAGCAAUUUGAGGGGCUCGUUUCGUGCGAGGUAGCCUCCGUUCUCAGAGGCAACUCAAAUGCCAAUGGCGCACACUAG